AUGUGCCACUUUCAGGUCUCCUCACACUGCUGGUGGGUUCCAUUUUGUCAUAGGGUGCUGGCAGAUUACGGGCCUCCCAUUGCUGCUGCCAGGCCCGUAAUCUGUCAUGGGCCCCUGUACCGCCUCCUCAUGCUGCUGCCAGGCCCGUAAUCUGCCAUGGGCCCCCGUACCGACUCCUCAUGCUGCUGCCAGGCCCGUAAUCUGUCAUGGGCCCCUGUACCGCCUCCUCAUGCUGCUGCCAGGUCCAGAGUGUGUCAUGGGUCCCUGUACGGCCUCCCAUUGAUGCUGUCUCCAUCGCCACACUCUGCCAUGUGCCACUUUCAGGUCUCCUCACACUGCUGGUGGGUUCCAUUUUGUCAUAGGAUGCUGUAUGGCCUCCCAUUGCUGCUGCCUCCACCGCCACACUGUGGCUCCACACUCUGGUUUUGGCCCCGUGACUGCCCAAAUGAGUGAAGUGUGCGGUGAUUCUAAGAUCGACGGCACUCAUCUGCAUGUCAUACUGACUGACAGUAUUAUUUCUCUUCCCCAGCAGACUCCAAGGGCAUUUAAAUUAAAGGUACAGUGUUCUGCACUAAUAUAA